CUCAUUAGUCUUAACAAAAAAUCAUUAAACAAUUGUCUACAAACAUUAUAUAAACCCCUACUCACUCGCUGACCUUCAAGAGAAGAGAAAAAGGAAGUGUUUAAUAAUGGAGGUUCAUAUUCUCUCUAAUGUCUUCAUUUCACUGUUCUCGAUAGGUGUUCUAGCCUUGCUCCGCCGUCUGUACGAGGUUCUGGUGGCGGAGCCGGCGAGGAUCCGGAGGGUAUUGAAGAAGCAAGGGAUAGACGGACCGCCGCCGGCUUUCCUUCUGGGAAACAUCUCGGAGGUGAAGAAGCCGAUGCAGGCAAAACCAAGGACAGAGUCUGCGGUCAAUGAGAAAGGAGAGUUUGAUCACAAUUGGAUCAACUCUCUUUUCCCCUUCUUUGAUCCAUGGAGGAAGAAGUAUGGUGAAUUAUUCGUGUUUUCACUUGGUACGAGGCAGAUAUUAUAUGUGAAUAAUCCGGACAUGGUGAAAGAGAUCACCACCUGCAAAUCCUAUGACUUAGGAAAACCUAGGUAUCAUAAGGAGGAGUUUGGUACUUUGUUGGGAGAGGGUAUCUUGACAUCAAAUGGACAAACUUGGGCUUAUCAUAGAAAAGUCCUCGCCCCUGAAUUGUACAUGGAGAAGGUCAAGGGAAUGACACCCUUGUUUGCAGAAUCAGCAAGAAUAUUAGUGGAGUCAUGGAAGGCGGUGGUGGAAGCGGCGGAAGGAGGAGUGGCAGAUGUUAACAUAGAUGAAUAUAUGAGAGCGUUCUCCGGCGACGUGAUAUCAAGAGCCUGUUUUGGGAGCAGCUACGAAAGGGGAAAAGAAAUCUUCAACAGGCUCAAAGAUCUCCAGGAGGCCACUUCUGCCAAAGUCACCACCAUCGGAAUCCCAGGACUAUCGCGUCUUCCCACAAAGGGGAACAGAGAAGGGUGGGCGCUGGACAAGGAAAUUCACGAUUUGAUCAUAGAAGUGGUGAAGGAGAGGAAGGAGAAGGGGGCGGAGAAGGACUUGCUGCAAAUGGUUGUUGAAGGCGCAGAGGCCGGAGAAAUGUCUCCGCAGGAAAUCGAUGCGUUCAUCGUCUCCAACUGCAAAAACGUCUACCUCGCCGCUCACGAGGCUUCCGCCAUCGGCGCCUCCUGGUGCCUCAUGCUCCUGGCGGCGCAUCCCGACUGGCAGCACCGCUGCCGUGCCGAGAUCGCCGAGAUCUGCCAUGGCCAAACUCCAGACGCUGAAAUGCUUCGUAAAAUGAAAACGGUGACAAUGGUUCUUCAAGAAACGUUACGUUUAUAUCCCUCGGGGCCAGCACUGGCCAGGGAAGCCUUAAACGACAUUAAAAUAGGAGGCUACGAUAUACCAAAGGGCGUCAACAUUUGGACCAUGGUGGAGACACUCCAUGUAGACACAGAAAACUGGGGACCUGACGCACUUUCCUUCAACCCAGAAAGGUUCGCCAAUGGCGUUAGCGGUGCCUGCAAGCAGCAGCAUUCGUUCUUGCCGUUCGGGUUCGGGCCGAGGCUGUGCGUUGGACAGCACUUGGCCAUGGUCGAGCUCAAGAUGCUGGUCUCGGCUCUCCUCACCAACUUCUCGUUCAGCAUAUCUCCCAAAUAUAUUCAUUCGCCCGCUCUGAAGCUCGUCAUCAAGCCUGAGUUUGGCGUUGAUCUGUUGAUUACAAAGCUCUAAUCAAACUCCAUUAAUGGCUUCCUAUGCAGAAUAUGUUUUGUUCACUUCCUUUACUUUUCUACUUUUGUAUAAGAAAUAAGCUUUCAUAUUAAGGGGUUAUUUG